AUGUCACAUUCUGAGACAGAGGUCCCUUCGAAAGCAGCCGUUUCGAGAGCCAUUCGCGACGUUGUGAUCACGAUACACAAGGCAGGCGACGAUGACAAUCUGACUGUCAAUCAUGUCCGCACUGAAGCGGAGCAGAAGCUGGGACUAUCAGCUGGCUUUCUUAAGAAGGACGAGUGGAAGAAUGAGAGUAAGACAAUGAUCAAAGAAGCUGUGGAUAGAUAUUGCGGUGACGAAGCUGCGCCUGAACCCAGCCCAAUGAAACCCUCAAAGGCGCAACCAAAAGCGAAACCUGAGCCGAAGAAGAUGGCGAAAAAGUCUGCUUUCGACAACGCAUCGCGCGGUGUCAAGAGGAAAGCACCUGCGCCCGCGAAGAAGCUACAUAAACGCAAGAAGACCGUCUCGUCUGACGAGGAAUCUGAGGCUGCGCUUUCCGACUCACCUGUGGAAGAUGAAGCGUCUGAUGCCGAAAGCGAGCCAGCCAAGAAACCUGCACGUCGGCAGAAACAGGUAGUAGCGGAGGAUUCAGAUGAGGAGGAUGUGGCUCCGCCAAAGUCUCGCCCCCAGGGAAAGAACGAGGCUGCCGAUAGAGAGGAAGACACCAAGCGCCCUGCAACGCCACCUCUCGCUGCAAAAGACGAGGGCGGAGACAGCGACCUUUCGAGCGUGAUCGACGACUCUCCGGUCAAGAAACGGAAACGAAACACCGAGAAGCCCGCAAAGGCCGUGAGCGGCGCGAAAGCAAAAGCACAACCAAAAGCGAAGGCAGCCAAGACCGAAGACGAUCCAGACCAGGCAGAGAUAAAGCGGCUGCAGGGUUGGCUUGUGAAGUGUGGCAUCCGCAAAGUGUGGGGAAAGGAGCUUGCCAAGUGCGACACUUCCAAGGAUAAGAUCCGCCACCUCAAGGGCAUGCUCAAUGAUGCUGGCAUGGACGGCAAAUACUCCGUCGAAAAGGCUGCUAAGAUUAAGGAGCAACGGGAGUUUGCCAAAGACCUAGAAGAGAUCCAGGCAGGUGCCGCGGCGUGGGGCGAUUCCAUCAGCACCGGACGUCCACGCCGCGCUGCUGCUCGGGCUGCACCACCGGUCAUCCUUGCAGAAGAUAGUGAUGAUGAAGACGAGGAGAAGGCUCCAGGUGUGAAGGACGACGGCACCGACGGCGACGAUGACGACGAUGACGUCCACAGCGACUCUGGAUCAGAUGACAGCGCUGGCGGACAGGACGACGAGGACGGAGAUGAAGACUCGGAGUAA